AUGAACUCGUAUCAGGCCAAAGUAAAAUCAGUCGCCAUUAUUGGUGCUGGUCCGUCUGGUAUGCCCAUCCAUAAGAACAAACUGUCCUGCAUAGCAGCCCGACUCAUCUUUCCACAUACAGGCGCAGUAGCGGCGGCAGCACUCAAGGCCGAGAACUAUUUUGACCACAUCCGGGUAUUCGAACGUCGUGAAACCGCCGGCGGUACCUGGAUUCAUGAUACAGACCCCGGACCUGUUGCUCCCAUCGAGCCGGGGAAGCUACCCUCUGAAAUCGACCUGCAUCUACCUAUACCACCCAGUCUGCCCACGACGACUUCACCAGACAAAACGAAUCGAUGGGCUUCCACGCCCGUAUAUGACUCGCUUAGUACAAAUGUUCCCAACAUCGUCAUGACCUUUUCAGAUGCGCUGCUACCUUAUGGCCCCUUUGCGCCGCACUACGUUGCGAGGCAGUAUGUUGAAAACUACUUUUCAUUGCAUCAAACGGACACGCUGCUCCAAACAAACACGGCCGUUGAAGACCUCACGAGAUCGCCUGCCACAAAGCACAAUGGGCAGGGCGAAUGGAAGCUGACGCUGAGAAAAUACGAUGCCUCCCGUCAGGUGGAUGAGUGGUGGGAAGAAUUCUUCGAUGCUGUGGUGCUUGCUAAUGGGCAUUACGCCGUUCCAUAUGUUCCAAUGGUGAAUGGUCUAGAGCCGUAUAUGGAGAAGUAUCCGGGUCGAGUGUCCCACUCCAAGCGAUAUCGCAAUCCAAAGUUCUACGCCGGCCAACGUGUCAUUGUUGUCGGAAACUCCGUUUCUGGGAGGGAGCUGAGCGAGGAGCUCGUGGGCGUUGCCAAAGGCGCCGUAUACCUGUCUCGCAGGAGCCCUGCCAUCUGGGAAGGCGACGAGCCGCGGCCCGGAAUUGUGUGGAAGCCCGUCAUCUCCGAGUACAGGCAAGACGGCGCCAUUCUCUUUUCUGACGGCACAACUUUGGCCGACAUCGACGCCAUCAUCUACUGCACCGGAUACAAGCCCUCGUUUCCCUUUUGGAACCAUGAAGCAAAUGGUGGGCCCUUGUUUGACUACCGGGCUAACAGGCUCAUCGGCAGCUACCAGCACGUCUUCUUCCGCGAAUUUCCGACUCUCGGCGUGGUAGGCUUCCCCAAGACACUCACAUUUCGCAGCUUCGAGUACCAGGCCAUUGCGCUCGCGCGACUUUGGUCGGGUCGCAACGCUCGGUCGCUGCCGUCGCCCCAGGAGCAGCAGCGGUGGGAGGCGGACCGCGCGGAGCGCACCCAAGCGCAGCACAAGUCCUUCCAUGACGUGCCGUGGGGCGCCGAGACCAACGACCACCUGCGCGAGCUGUUCAACUUUGCGGGGCUGUCCACGCUGGCUGGUGAUGGGCUGUUGCCCCCUCCGCUAACACGAGAGAUGGUGUGGACGUAUGAGAAUGUACUCAAGUGGAAGAUGCCCAAGGGCAAAGGACCGAGUGGAGGCAAUGAUGGCCUUGAGGAAGAUACUGUGAUGGAGGUACAUCGUGAUGCUCCGGAAGUUGAGUCCACAUCCGGGCCGCAGGAAGCUCGCGGUGAGGUAGGCAAAGAUUGGGUCGUCGUCGAUAAAACUGAGGGCCGUUUGAAAACUGCAGGAUAA